UACUUUCCAGGUCGUCCUGUGGUCGUGAACUUGCUGAAGUCUGUGAACUCGUGGCUGCAGAGCCAGAGGGCAGAUCAGAUCUCCUACGACGCGUUCAAGGAGGUUCUGGAAAACUCAGCGCAGACUCCAAACGCCGCUCUGCCUGACGGGGUGAGGUGGGUGGGCUGUCAGGGCUCUCAGCCCCACUUCAGACGGUAUCCAUGCGGGGUGUGGACGCUCUUCCACGUCCUCACCGUCCAGGCCAACAGCACCGGAGGCUCAGAUCCCCUGGAGGUCCUGAGCGCCAUGAGAAGCUACGUCCGCAACUUCUUCGGCUGCAGGCAGUGCGCCGAGCACUUUGAGAACAUGGCGAUGGAGAGUCUGAAUGAGGUGAACUCGCUGUCGUCGGCUGUCCUGUGGCUGUGGUCCAGACACAACCGGGUCAACAACAGGCUGGCAGGUGCGCUGAGCGAAGACCCCCAGUUCCCAAAGAUCCAGUGGCCUUCGCCGGAGAUGUGCUCGGCCUGCCACAUGGUGAAGGAGAACGGAGAACACAGGUGGAACCGGGAGCAGGUUCUCCCCUUCCUCCUGAGCCACUUCUCCUCUAGCAGCAUCCUGACAGACUACCUUGAGACUGAAAGCCAGGUUCUGGACAAACAGAGGAAGAAACAGGCCAGUCAGCAGCUGGCUGUAGCGGCUCAGAGACCCGUGGAGAGGAGAGCAAGGGAGGCCGUCGACUCCACAAGUCCUCCUCCUUCACCUCCGCCCACGGCGCAGGAGGAGGAGGACGAGGAGGAGGACGAGGGGCCGCAGGACGAAGCAGCGCCUGAUGAGGAGGACGGCGGGGAGGCCAAGCCCGAGCCGACCCCCUGGUCCAAACCGGAGGCGGGCCGCGGCCGGCGGCAGGUCCACAGGAAGCCGAGCAUCGUGGGGAUGAGGAUGCGGGAGCAGCAGGAGGACAUCGUGGACCUGGACUCGUUCGUCAACCAGCACUACCGGGCCAAGGCGCUGCGCCUGGCCGCCUCCAGCCGGGUCAAGCAGCGCAGCCUGCAGCGGCAGCAGGAGCAGGAGCCCGGGCCGGCCUUCGAGCUCGGCAUGGAGCUGGACGGCGGCCUCGGGAUGGUCGGGCUGCAGCCGCUGGAGGCCGACCUGGAGCUGGACGUGGGCCGGCAGAGGAAGCGGCUGCAGAAGCGAGAACUGUCGGCCCGGUACUUGGACGGGGAGGCCGAGCUGAGCCACAGAGGACGCUGGAUGUCUGUGCUGAGCAUCGGCUUCUCCAAGCUGGACAUCAGCCUGUGUGUCAUCCUGUACUUCAUGUCCUCCAUGUGUCUCCUGGCCAUGUACCUGUUCUUCAAGAACCGGCUCAGGCUGCGGCGCACCAAAGUGGCUCUGCCCUGAAGCCACACCAGCAGAAAUGUGGCUCAAACCGGAGCGACUUUUUAUUUGCUUCUGUAAAGGGAUGACGGCUAGCCGGUACCUGCAGCCACGUUCUAGCCGGAGAGCGUUGGUGUGACCGGAGGAGAAGGGAAAAUUAGCAGAUUUCUUUUAAAAUCCUUUAAAAUCGAGGCAGUUUGUUUUAACCUCCGGCCUCCAGAGCUUUGCAGGCGGCGCCUCAACUGUGGAAAAUCUGUUCAUAUCGAUGUAUGUUUUGGGGUUCGUGCCUCGAUUUAAACUAAUCAGUUCUGAUUUUAUUUGACCACUUAUGAAGGAUUAAACAAUGCGAAGGGUUUCUUUAAUUUUUUAGGAAUUUGAUGCAACUAAUGUGUGAUUUUAUUUGUUUCUUACGGUUGUUUUUCUGUUUUUAUCCUCCCGUUGUAGCGAGCAGACUCUGCCGCGUGUGAGCAAGAGAGUUUUAAUUUCCUUUAGUUUUUAUAUAUUUAGAGUUUGUCGAUCAUUUGAACCAAACACGUGAUUCUGUUGCGUCUCAAACUACAGACGAGCCGUUCCCGUCUCUUCUAAAGUCUCUCGUCUCCACACAUCAGAUGGUGAAGAAGCAGGCCGACGGUUGCAGCAUAUUGUUGACGGGAGCAGCGGGUCUUUUCACCGGCUGAGUUAAUAAGUCGGUCUGCUUCACGCUGAGCGUUACAUAAUGUCUGUGAAUAUUACAUCACGCUGCUGAGUCCACACAACAGCUACUCAGGCUGCAGAUGAGGUAUUGUGUUCACACUGGACGAGGUUUUAGAAUAAGCAGGAUUUGUUUUCUGGCUCGCAUCCACGUCGAGGAGCUUCUGCUGGUCGUCUCAAAAACACUGUUGUUCUGUUUGGAAUCAAUAAAAUUAUUUUUGAUAAGGA